UUAUUUAGUUAUUUAGACCUGCUGCAGGUGAGAAAUAAAGGAUUCUACAUUUCACAUAGUCCUAAAAUAGAAACUCACAAGGCUAUUAUAUCUAAUAUUUUAAUUUUAACACCGCUCAGGUGAAGUGACGUGACCUUGUUGCUCUGAAUGAGCAUAUCUCGAAAUAAAUGAAUUAUUUAUUUAUUUUUAACAAUAUUUCACAAUAUUACUGUUUUACUGUAUUUUUGAACCAAUAAAUGCAGCAUUGGUGGGCAGAAGAGUCUUCUUUCUAAAACAUAAAAAAAAAAAAACAUAAUUACUUCAAACUUCUGAUUGAUAGUGUUUUAAAUAUAUAUACUUAUUUAGUUAUUUAGACCUUCUGCAGGUGAGAAAUACAGGAUUCUACAUUUAAACAUUUCACAUAUUCUUAAAAUAGAAACUCACAAGGCUAUCAUAUCUAAUAUUUUAAUUUAAACUGCUCCAAUUGAAGUGACUUGACCUUGCUACUCUGAAUGAGUGUAUCUCUCACUGCUUCCCGUUUCCCUUCGUUUGCCUCUCUCUGUCUGAAUCUGUCCCGUUCCAUUCAGGACCAGUUCCUGCGGGCGGCGCCGGUCUCAGGUGGAAUGGGGGAGUUGAUGAGGAAGAUGGGAUGGCAUUCGGGGGAGGGUUUGGGGAAGCACAGAGAAGGAACAGUGGAGCCCAUCAUUAUUGACUUCAAAACAGACCGCAAGGGGCUUGUAGCAGAAGGAGAAAAAACCCAGAAAUCUGGCAACAUUGUCGUGAUGAAGGAUCUUCUAGGUGGUGGUGAACAGAUGUGAUUAUCAGCAUCAGACUGCCAGUCCCAAGAAAAAACAUGCCAAGGCAAUGGCAGCCACGGUCGCGCUACAGGCCAUGGGAGAGGUGGCAGGCGACAGUUUUCAUACAGGCCCCAUGUUCCCAGCACAUGAUGUCAGCAUACAACAUGCUCUAACACAUUAGUAUGAUUUCAUUUGUCAUGUUGUCCAUUAAAGCAAUAUCAUCUUUAUAUGGCAUAUCUGUAUUUUUGUAAUUUUGUUGUUGUUGUUGUUGUUUUUCAACGUUGUCCUACUUGAUUUGGUAAACUAAUGGCCUUGAUGACUAUGUAGUUGACUAAGUUUGGAACGUUAAGAUUUGUGUUUGAUGCAUUUGAUCGAAGGGCUCCAUUGUUUUAAACUUGUGUCUGCUCUUGUAAAUGUGUCACACAUGCAUUAAAACUCUUUUAUCUUUAUAAAGCUCUAAAGUUUUACCUUAGUCCAUUACAUCUACUUAGGAAGUCUUAGGAAGCCAGAGAACAUGUUUUUUGUGAUGAAGCAGAAUAAAUGAAAAAUCAUGUAACUGGAA